AUGGCUACUAGCUAUACUGUCCAUGGUCGCCCGCCUGUCCAAGUACAGAUAAAGUCACAGUCUUCUGUAAAUACAAAACUUCAACAGCAUCUAGCUGCGGUUGGGUCUUUAGAGCGCCAACUUAAAGCAAUUGAAGUGACUGACAAAGAAAAUACUAUACCUACUAGUGAUAAGCACAAGUCAGAGUCUUCCAAGCCAGAUACCCUCAAACUGCAUCCUCAACUUGCUGCAACAGUUGAUCAAGAGCGGACUCGACAGAAACCCGGUGUGCCAGACCCAGAUCAGCGCAAAUGGUCUUUAUCCGAUUUUGAUGUAGGUCGUCCACUUGGUAAAGGGAAAUUUGGUCGAGUUUAUCUUGCUCGCGAGAAGCAUUCCGGAUAUGUCGUUGCUCUCAAAAUUCUCUUCAAAUCUGAACUAUCAGAAGCUAAAGUCGAAAAGCAACUACGGCGUGAGAUUGAAAUUCAAAGUCAUCUCCGACAUCCCAACAUUCUUCGUUUAUAUGGGUAUUUUUACGAUAGCAAACGAGUCUAUUUAAUUUUGGAGUUUGCUGCCCAGGGCGAAAUGUACAAGCAGUUGCGCAAGCUUACUCGUUUUCCUGAACCUCAGGCUGCCAAGUACAUUUCACAAAUGGCCAAUGCACUUGCGUAUUUACAUCGCAAGCAUGUUAUUCAUCGUGAUAUCAAACCUGAAAACCUGUUGCUGGGACUCAAGGGUGAGCUUAAGAUUGCCGAUUUUGGAUGGUCAGUGCAUGCACCUAAUGCAAGACGUCAAACACUCUGUGGUACAUUGGACUAUCUACCGCCAGAGAUGGUUGAAGGCAAGGAUCACAAUGAAAAAGUAGAUCUAUGGUCGCUUGGAGUCCUCUGCUACGAAUUUUUGGUUGGCGUACCUCCAUUUGAAGAUCAGAGGUCUUACAAGGAAACCUAUCGGCGUAUUGCCAAAGUUGAUCUUCAUGUGCCCGACUAUAUCAGUCCAGAAGCCAAGGAUCUGAUUGUCAAGCUACUUCAAAGAGAUCCCAACAAUCGCAUGCCGCUGGAAUCUGUUAUUCAACAUCCGUGGAUUGUGAAGCAUAUUACGACUGUUGUCGAAUCUAAAUAA